AUGUUCCUGUCCGUGUGUGUUCUGUGCUUGCUGGCGGUGGCGCCGGUUCUAGGCGCCCCUGCUGAAGACCCAUGUUCCAGGCCCCGCAAUAAGCUCCUGUUCAUCUCGUUUGAUGGGUUCCGCUGGGAUUACGACCGCGACGUGGACACCCCACAUCUGGACAGCAUGGCGAACGAUGGGGUGAAGGCUGCCUACGUGACACCCCCCUACCUGACCAUCACUAGCCCCACACACUUCACCCUACUCACAGGCCGUUACAUAGAGAACCAUGGGGUGAUCCAUAACAUGUGGUUCAACGUCACCACCCAGGAGAAGAAGCAGUACUACAUGAGCCAAUUUGUGGACGAAUACUGGGACAACGGCAGCUUGCCCAUCUGGAUCACAGCUCAGAGACAGGGUUUGAAGGCGGGGUCUCUGCACUUCCCGGGGACGGCGGCUACGUACCAGAAAGAGACGGUGAACGUGCGGCAGGUGGAGCCCUUCAUGUACGACCACAGCAACGAGACGGACUGGCGGCUCAACAUCGACAAGGUGAUCGGCGACUGGUUCGUCCGGCAGGACCUGAACCUGGUCACGCUCUACUUCGGCGAACCAGACAAGACGGGUCACGAGUACGGGCCGGACUCGCCGGAGCGGCGCGAGACCGUGCGGCAGGUGGACCGCACCGUAGGCUACAUCCGCCAGGCCGCCCAAUCCCACGGCCUCGCCGAGCGCCUCAACAUCAUCAUCACGGCCGACCACGGGAUGGCCACGGUCCGGCGCGGGCCGGGCGUCAACGAGAUCAUCCUGACCGACAUCCCCGGGUUCUCGCUCCGCGACAUCAAGUUCCACCUGGUGGACUACGGCCCCACGGGCAUGCUGCUGCCCAAGGACGGCAUGCUGGAGAAGGUGUACCAGGCGCUGAAGGGCGGGCACCCCAACCUGCACGUCUACAAGAAGGAGGACAUGCCCGAGAGACUGCACUACGCCAAGCACCCCCGCAUCCUCCCCCUCAUCCUGCUGGCCGACCCCGGAUACGUCAUCAACGGGUUUUACCCUCUGCAGUGGAAUAAGGGGGAGCACGGCUUUGAUAACGAGGUGAUGGACAUGAAGCCGUUCUUCCGUGCCGUGGGGCCAGACUUCCACAGCGGGCUGGAGGUGGGGGGAUUCGAGACGGUCAACAUCUACCCGCUCAUGUGCCACCUCCUGGGCAUCAAGCCCGAGGUCAACGACGGCUCGCUGGACGUCACGCGCAACAUGCUGGACAAUGGAAGAGUGUGUGAGACCACAGACUCACCACCAUCAUUGAUCAUUGGCCUCUCGGUUGUUGUGGGGAUCCUUGUCUUGGCCUUUGUAGUCAUGACAACCUGGUUCAAGUGCAAGCGAGACAAAGAAAGUCACAGAGUCUAAUCUUGCUCAUCGUCUUCCUCCUGCAGCUCUGAACAAGACACAGAGAUGAAGGGGAAACACACCA